AGCCUCUCGGCCACAAAUCCACCCUCGCGCACAACUGUGAUUCAAACUGUGUCUCCUCAGCCCUAUAAUUUGAACGGAAUAUAUAAACCUAUAUCUAUAUAAUUUGACGGUACCUCCCAGGUCACGGCCCUAUCUUAUCCUCCGGCUAUGGCUCAGCGUCCAUUAUACGAGAUUGGGAACACCGAGAGCAGCAUUCAUAACACCGACGUUGAACUAAACGUCUUCGUCAGCGAUACACACUUCUGUAUUAACCUGCUCACUGCCAAUUUCGAAGGUAGCCCCGGACUGCUAAAGGAGUAUUUGCUUCAUGUAGAACACUCGGAUCCAGAAUACAUUCCGCCUCUGCCAGAGAAUCCUGACGGUAAUGAGUUCGUUGACCCUCUUGAAGAAUUCUACGAAUGGGCGACGAAACCGUUUCUAUCGCUAUUUCGCGAAAUACCUCCCUUGGAUCGCCAACGACUGUACACGCUCCAGGAUUGCCUGUUUCCCAAACAAGUCAGUUACACCCUACAGUUGGCUGGGGAUGAGCUGGUUCCAGUUCAAGUGCCAAAUGACGCCGCUGUAGAAUACGCUCGUGUUGGUGUCCUACUUCCUCCCGCCAGAAGGCUCGACAGCUCUACAUUCCCCGUUUACCGUCCGCGUGAUAUCCAUAUUCGGCUGAGCGAUAACGCGAUGGCCCUGCCACAGGCUGGUAGAGUAUACCUCCAGGGACAGGAUGUUUGCUUCUUUAAGAAGUUACUACCAGGUGACAUCUCUAUGACUAGUCGAGAGCUAUCUACAUACGCUAAGAUUCAUGCCGCUGAGCUCAAAGAGGACGUGCACACCUCUCGACUCCUCGGCUUAGUUGAAGACGAGGUAACAUCGAGAAUAGCCGGUUUUCUAUUAUCAUACAUCGACUGUGCUAAUAAGACACUGCUCUGCGCUGGAUGGGAUCCGAAUCAGGCCUUGCUGCGCGAAAAAUGGGUUCAGCAAAUAACACAUUCGAUCCACGAGCUUCACGCGCACCAGAUCGUCUGGGGAGACGCGAAACCUGAUAACGUCCUUAUUGACGAGCUUGAUAAUGCAUAUUUAGUUGAUUUUGGAGGUGGGUAUACGAACGGCUGGGUGGAUAAAGAAUUGGUGAACACUGUGGAGGGCGAUUUGCAGGGGCUCGAGCGAAUAGCGAAAUACCUCUCUGAAGCUCCUGUGUAACGUAACAAUCAUACAGAGGCGGAUAAUCUGUGUUGGAAGUACGCGGUUGCCCUUGCAGAAUCGCACGUCAUUCAUUAUCUUUGCGAGUCCUGCACCAUUAUACAGUUCCCCUAUGGCAACACUAACCAAUUACAUUUAGUUAACUAC